AUGUCGUCCGAGGACUUAGAGAAAGAACAAGCCCACCGACAUGAAAAGUUCCUAGCCAAACAGGAGACCAAACGUGUCGGUUUGUACAAAGUCCGUCCGGACUCCAUCACGGAGGAAAUGCUGGAUGAGGAUGACAACAUCCCGAUGAAUGAAGAAGAAGACAGUGGCGAAGACAAUGAUCAUCACCUCAGCACCGACGAUCCUACCAUCCACAUCCAUGGUGGUGAGGCUAUCAUGAAGGCCGAUGUGGAUGAAGAGGACCCCUUAAACGUCGCCGACGACGAUGAAGCUAACCUUGAGUAA